AUCAAUCAUUCCUAUAGAAAACUCAACCCCAAUCAAGAUUAUCUGCAAAUCCAAAGAUUAUCGAUUUGGAUAUAGGACUAAUACAUGAGCCAAACACUACUCCACUUAUAUUAGAUGUUUGUCAAUUGGUGAGACCAACAUACAGAAAAACAUCUUAUCCUACAACCAAAUCUUAAUAUCCAAAUCCUAAAAAGAUCAAACUUAAGUACUACUAAACAUGAGACUAAAAGAAAAAUAAGCAGCCAAUGAUAUAUUGCAAACAAACAACAGAUCUAAUACACAUUUUUAAACACCAAUGCAAAACUAUAAAACAUAUCCACCAAAUCCAUGCCCAAAUCAUCACCAAAGGCCUUUUUUCCCUCCAUCUUUUCCCCCCAAUUAACUUACUCACCACUUUUAAUUCACUCGUUACCCAACCCGUUUCGACCCGUUACCCACUUUGCGUUUUCAACCUGAUCCCCAACCCAUCAACUUUUUGUUUCAACACCAUUAUUCGUUCCCAGACCCUCCUUUCCUCCCCUGAAAAUGCCAUCUUUUUGUUCACCCAGAUGCGCCGAAAAUCAAUCCAACCCGAUACCCACACAUUCCCUUUUGUACUCAAAGCCUGCGCGCAGCUUCGCAGGGUUUCUGUUGGUAAAACUGUUCAUUCCCAAGCUUUGAAGUUUGGGGUUUUGGUGGAUGUUUUUGUGUGCAAUAAUCUUGUUCGGGUUUAUUGCGUUUGUGGGUGUAUCGGUGAUGCGUAUAAGGUGUUUGAUGAAAGUCCUGAGCGAGAUGUUGUUUCGUAUAAUGUGAUUCUUGAUGGGUUUGUCAAGGCUGGGGACGUUGAAGCUGCUCGUGGUGUGUUUGAAAGGAUGGAUAUUGGUGUUAGGGAUGCAGCAACUUGGGGCACUAUGUUGGCUGGUUACGCGCAGAUGAAACAGUAUGAUGAGUGCUUGGAACUUUAUGAUCGAAUGAUUUGUUUAAGGGUUCGUCCUGAUAAUAUAUCGUUGGUUUCUGUUCUGUCGGCUUGUGGACGAUUGGGAAAGUUAGAGAAAGGGGAAGAAGUGCAUGAUUAUAUUAUACAUAGUAAGAUUCAUGUAGAUUCGUUCUUGUGUACCGCAUUGGUAGACUUUUACGCUAAAUGUGGGUCUAUAGAGACGGCUAUGGGCAUAUUUGAAGCUAGCAAUGAUAAAAAUUUGUUUACUUGGAAUGCAUUGCUUGUUGGGUUAGCUAUGCAUGGUCAUGGUGAGACGUUACUAAGUUAUUUCGGUAAAAUGUUGAAGAACCGAGUUAAACCAGAUGGGGUGACCUUUCUUGGUGUGUUGGUGGGUUGCAGCCACGCUGGUCUUACCAAUGAAGCAAGAAGACUUUUUGGCGAAAUGGAAGCUGUUUAUGGAGUUCAUAAAGAGCUUAAACACUACGGAUGCAUGGCGGAUUUACUUGGGCGGGCUGGUUUGAUCAGAGAAGCAUUGGAGAUGAUAGAAAACAUGCCAAUGUCAGGUGAUGUUUUCGUUUGGGGAAGUUUGCUUGGAGGGUGUAGACUUCAUGGAAAUGUUGAGGUUGCAGAGAAAGCUGCUGAGCAUAUUAUGGAAAUAAGUCCUGAAGAUGGUGGAGUUUAUUCAACCAUGGCUAACAUUUACGCAAAUGCAAAGCGUUGGGAUGAUCUAACAAAAAUACGAAGAUUGAGGGAUUCAAGAAGAGUGAACAAGAAUGCUGGUUGCAGUGCGAUCCAAUUAGAUGGUGUUACACAUGAGUUUGUAGCAGGAUCAGAGACUACAACAUUGGAUAACAACAGAGAAUUCAUGAGAAAUGAUAUGACAUUGUUAGCAAAGGGACAAACAGGGGGGAGGGGAAGCGGAGGUGGAACCAUAAAUCAUACCCCUCGUAAAAGUGAAGCAUCAUUUGAAGCCUAUCAUCAUAUGCUGAUGAUAUUUAUCGUAGGUGUUACUAGUUUUUGUAUCUUGUAAUUCAGUAAUAUCUUAUAUAGUUUCAUAACUGAACACAGUUUUUGACUUGUGUUUUCUAAUUUGUUUGUUUUAAUUAUUAUAACUUCAAAUGUAUUAACUAUGGCUAGAUUACUCUUUAUGAAUUUUAUUUCUA